UUAAGGCUCCAACGUAAGACAAUAGUGUGAGUGAGACAAAAGGGUUGUGUUUUGUUGUACCUCAAUCAUGCCUUCAGGUCCUAAGAAGAGAAAAGCUGCUAGGAGAAAGAAGGAAAAGGAAAACAACAACAUUAACAUCAACCUUUCAUCAACCAAUAACCCUCUUCAUGCAAAUGAUGAUUUGAAGUCCCAAAAUGAGGUGGAAGAGAGAUGCCACAAGUGCGACGUAAUGGAGAUCUUGGUCUAUGUCCAGUGGUUCGCAGAAUUCGCUACCUACUUACCUGAGGCAAUGAAGCAGGAUUCAAAGGAACAGAAGAAAGAAGCUAUUGAUCAAUUCAAAGUAUCCAAACUUUCAUUACAAGGGACAUUGGUUAAUACUUUUGAGGAAUUGGAGAUUUAUGUUAGAGGUUAUGAGAAAUUUGCUAAAAAGGUUUGGUGUAUAGGACCCAUGACAAGUUAGCCUUCGACAAGUUCGGUAAAGACGAUAAAGGCUUCAUCGAUGAUUUUGAAUCGAAAUCCAAAUGUCUAAAGUUAUUUAUUCCUAACAAAGCUUGUUCUGUCAUCUACAUAUUUUUCAGUGGUUUGUCUUUCAUUCAACCUUGAAACUAUCAAUUCACAACUAAAAUGAUUAGAGAAAUCAAUGAUUAAGCAUAGCAAAGUAGUUCUUAUUUCAUUUGUAGCUUCACUAUUUUAUAAUCACUGUAUCUCAUGUCCUAAUUGAUACUACUAUACUAUAUAUAUAUAUAUAGUACUUAUUUCAUCAGCAGUUCAAAAAAAAAAGUACUUAUUUCAUCAAAUUGUGCAUAACUUAAACAAUUAAACUUAGAUAGAAACGG